UUCCCAUUCAACCAUCAUCCAAAAAUAAACAACAAGGGGGUCAAAGGCAUCCCAAUAAAAGACCCCAUCCAAGAGUUGUAAUAUAAAAAAAAAAAUAUUAAAAAACAAAAAAAAAUGGGGUCCGGUGAUGCCGGAAAUAAGAAAAAACUCGUCGCCGCCGGCGUCACUUCCGUUCUCCUGGUGGCAUGCGUCGUGGCUGCCACGGUCACCAUGCACAAAACCAGCGGAGGCAAGUCCUCCGACGGCGGCUCCGGCUCCGGCUCCGGUGGGAUUUCAACUACGACCAAAUCGGUGAAAGCCAUUUGCGCCCCGACGGAUUACAAAAAGACCUGUGAGGAGAGUCUCUCCGGCGCUAAAAACACCAGCGACCCGAAAGAGCUCAUCAAGAUCGCAUUCCAAGUGACGGUGAAGAACAUCACCGACGCCAUCUCCAAGUCGUCCCUCCUCAAUGACGCCGCCAAGGACCCAAGAACCUCCGGCGCUCUGGAAACAUGCAAGGAGCUUUUGGAAGACUCCAUUGAUGAUCUCAAGAGGUCUUUCGAUAAGCUUGAGGAUUUCGACCUCUCCAAGAUCCAAGAAUACGCCAGCGACCUCAAGGUUUGGCUUAGCGGCGCCAUCACCCACCAGCAGACUUGCAUUGACGCCUUCGAGAACACCACCGGCGACAGUGGCGAGAAAAUGAAGCAUCUCCUCCGUACCGCCGGCGAGCUCAGCAGCAACGGUCUUGCCAUGAUCACCCAAUUCACCGACCUCAUCCAGACCUUGGAAAUCCCCGGAUUCAACCGGAGGUUACUCGAGUCGGCGGUGGAGCUUGGUGACGGCAACUACCCCACGUUUCUUGACGCCGCCUCCCGACGACUCCUCGCCGCCGGCCCGAAAUCCAUAAAGCACGACAUCGUCGUCGCCAAGGAUGGCUCCGGGAAGUUCAAAACCAUCAAUGACGCCUUGAAAUCAAUCCCGCCUAAGAACAACCGCACCGUCGUCAUCUUCAUUAAAGCCGGCGUGUACAAGGAGUAUGUUCUCGUACCUAGGAAGAUGAACAAGAUCGUUUUCCUCGGAGAGGGUCCCACAAAGACGAGGAUCACCGGAAACAAGAACUACGUCGACGGGACCGGUACCUACAAGACCGCAACCGUCGCGAUCCAAGGCGACAACUUCAUAGCACGCGACAUCGGAUUUGAGAACACGGCCGGUCCGGAAAAGCACCAGGCAGUGGCUCUCCGGGUGUCAGCGGACAUGGCCGUGUUCCACAACUGCCACAUGGACGGCUACCAAGACACCCUCUACACCCACUCCUACCGCCAAUACUACCGGGACUGCACAAUCACCGGGACCAUCGACUUCAUCUUCGGCGACGCAGCCGCCGUCCUGCAGAACUGCAAGAUGGUGGUGAGGAAGCCUCUGGAGAACCAAGCCUGCAUGGUGACUGCCCAAGGCCGAAAGGACCACAGGGGAGUCGGCGGGCUGGUUCUCCAGAACUGCCAAAUCCUACCGGACCCGGCACUGAAAGCCGUGAAACCAGCGGUCCAAGUGUUCUUGGGACGACCAUGGAAGGAGUUCUCGAGGACCGUCAUAAUGCAGUCGAACAUCGACGGAUUCAUUGACCCAGCGGGGUGGUCGCCAUGGAUGGGUGACUUCGGGCUGGACACUUGCUGGUAUGCAGAGUAUCAAAACCGCGGGGCAGGAGCGAAAACAUCAGGAAGGGUGAACUGGAAGGGCUACAAGAAGAACAUUUCUCCCCAGGUUGCCAAACAGUUCACUGUCGGAGUUUUCCUUCAGGGCGAUGAUUGGAUUAAGCCGACUGGUAUCCCCUACGUAUCUGGAAUGAUGAAGGUGUAGAUAUCCAUGUAUAAUACCACUGUAUAUUACUGAGUUGUUAUAUCUUUAGGUUUACGGAGGAAAUUUUUAAAAAUUUCUACAUUAUUCAUCAUUCGAUUAUUAUGAACAUAUUUAAAUUUGGUGGUCCUCAAAUUUAUCCAAGCACUCCUUUAGUAGUUAUU